GAGAACAGAGUGACAAAGGAAGGCGACUCUGUGAAUCUGACCUGCAUAAACGGCUGUGACAGCGAUCACCUUUCAUCUGCUUUCACCUGGUUUAAGAAUGGAGAACCCAAAAAUGAAGGACCUGUUCUUUAUUUAAGCAACAUGAACCCCACUGACUCUGGAAACUACUCCUGCUCUCUAAAGACUCACACAGGAACAGCUUCACGAGUCAUAAACAUCAACGUUGAAUAUGCCCCGAAGAACACGUCAGUGUCCGUCAGGCCGUCGAAGGAGGUGGAGGCCGGCACCAACAUCACCCUGAUCUGCAGCAGCCACGCAAAUCCUCCAGUGGAUUAUACCUGGUUUAGACUAAAUGAAAGUCAUGUUCUGGAUGUUGGACACCAGCCUGAGCUGUUCUCUGCUGAUGGAGGCCAGUAUUUCUGCAGCGCCACCAACAAACAUGGAGGUCAAAACUCCUCUGUUGUGACUGUAAAGAUUAAAGGUGGGCGGGCGUUGUUCAACAGAGAUGUACUCAUUAUCAUACCCACUGUGGCCCUGCUCCUGAUUGUGAUCACUGUUGUUGCCGUCACAAGACUCAAAAAAACAAGACCAAGAGUGCAAGAAAUCAGCUGCGAGGAGGACAGAGAGUGUCAGGAUGCAGUCUAUGUCAACUGGCCUGUUGGUGGCAAGAACCAAUCAGAAGGGAGAAGCCCCUGCGAGGGGGCAACAGCAGAGCUCGUCUACGCAACCGUUACCUUCCACACCAAGAGAAAGCCAAACACGGAGCCACAGACGGAUCAUGAUGACGACGAUGAUGUCAUUUACAGCACAGUGUGCAGGUGAAGCUCCACAAGAACCCACAUAGUAA